AUGGCAGCACUCGCUAAAGUGCGUAUCGGCGAACACGCUCCAGACUUCGUAUGCGACGCUGUACUCGCCGGCCAGUUCAGAGAGAUUUCCCUCUCUUACUAUAAAAGCAACCGCCAAUGGCUGCUUCUUAUGUUCAUUCCAGCCACCUUCUCCUUCGUAUGUCCUUCGGAAGUUCUCGCUUUCCAGAACACCCUUGAUGAGUUCACCGACCGCAACUGCGCUGCGGCGUUUGUGUCUGUCGAUACCAAACACAGCCUCUGGCACUGGCAAAGCCUGCCACCACGAUUUGGUGGAUUAGGUAAGAUAGAUUUGCCGUUGCUGGCGGAUCCAAGCCAUAAGAUGAGCAAGGACUAUGGGUGCUUGAUCGAGGACGAAGGACUGAUAUUCAUUACCGAUCCGAGUGGGAUUAUUACCGUCAACAACCUCGCCGUCGGCCGCAGCGUCCUCGAAGCACUCCGCCUCGUCGAAGCCUUCCAAGCGGUCAUGAUCCACGGCGUGUUGUGCCCCGCGAACUGGGCCAUCGGCGCCGACACCAUCAAAGACGACUACGACGAGAGAUUCGCGCGCCUCCAGGCGGAAUUCGGCGACAUCGAAGUCGCAGACCUGGACGCUAAGCACGGGCUCUCGCGGACCGUGAGCAACAGCAGCGGGCAGAGCCACCGCGGUACGCCCUCAGUGAGAAGCCCGCUAUCGGCGAGCCGCAUACCAAGCGGCAAUGGGAGCUGGGCGAACGUCCAGCCGGCCAGGCACACCUGCGAAGGAGUUCCCGCCUUCGCCGGGACUGGACAAAGUACCGUCGCGGACGGUGAAUGGGAGCCUGAUUUUGCAGCAUCUGAGGGUGAAGUCGGAGACCCCGGGGUCGCCGGGCAGUGCUCCUCCUCAUCGAGGCCUCCCACCGCCCGCGGCGCAGGGCGCGACGAGGCUGCAGCAGACGUUUAA